AUGUCAGAGUAUAGCCUGAGAUAUAGAGAUGAUGACCGAAGAAAUGCGAGGGGCAGGAAUAUAGCUAGAGACUCCCCCGCGAGCAAUUUGUCUCAAGGAAGAAAAACUAAGUGGUCUGGCACACCAUCAAGAUAUAAGAAUGUGGGACGAGAAAAGUUGGAUACUAUUAUAACGGGGCAUUUGACACCAGAGCAGAUUGAUGCAUACCAGCAGUAUUUCCGUAUAGAAGAGAUUUCAGACAUAUUAAGAAUUUCGCAGCAGCUGCAUCGAGAUAUAAUGAGUCUUCUUCCAUCAGGUAGAUCUAAAGAGAUUCCAAAUUAUAAGCGAGACCCUUCCCCACCACCUAAGUACGAUAAUGCUGGUAAUAGGACUAAUACAAGGGAGGCAAGGACAAGGGAAGCUCUCGAAAAGGAAAGACACUAUCUAGUUGAAUUUGCUGCUAGCAGCAUAAAGGACUACAUAUCACCUUACGAUUAUCGAAAACCAACGAAAACUUUUGAAAAGCUUUAUAUCCCUGUUAAAGACUAUCCGGAUAUUAAUUUCGUUGGCCUUUUGCUUGGGCCAAGAGGGAAUACUUUGAGAUCAUUGCAAGAUGAAAGUGGAGCAAAACUCGCAAUUCGAGGUAAAGGUUCAGUUAAAGACGGUAAAUCGACUUCUUCGGGUAAUGAUAACGAUGAAGGAAAUAGCUCAUUUUCCUUAACGUCAUUUUCCAACCCGAAUCUUGAAUCCACUUCUGAUGACUUACACGUAGUGGUAACCGCAGAUUCUCAACAAAAAAUUGCCACGGCUAUUAAGCUAACAAAUCAAGUCAUCGAGAAGGCAAUUUCUUCACCAGUGGGCCAAAAUGAUUUGAAAAGGGGCCAACUAAGGGAAUUGGCUAUUUUGAACGGUACAUUAAGAGAAACAAAGCCAUUUGAUCCUGAAUCAUACCAAAAGCGUCAACAAGCUCGCCAAGGAUUGGAUAUUUCUCAAAUAGUUUGUAAAAUUUGCGGUAAGGUGGGUCAUUUUGCUAGAGAUUGUAAAUUCAAGAAUCAACGUGCGCCUUUCAAUGGCGAUGAUCAGAAUCAAAGACCUUUCUCUCCUCGGGCAGAACAAGAAGGACAAAGAGAUGGUGAACGAGCAGGAGAUAGAGAAGAGCCUUCACCACCUCUCAAAAGGAAGAAGCCUAAUGCACCUCUUCCUCCGUGGCAAAGUGAAGAAAUACAACCAGAGAGGAAUCAGCCUCCUCCCGCUAUAUCAGGUCGACCACCACCUCCUCCAGCUGCUGCAAUCCCACGUCCUCCUCCACCACCACCUUCUCUAAACAUCCAACGUCCACCACCACCACCUGCUGUAAAGAACGCAACAGGGAAACCACCUCCUCCACCUCCACGGGCCCCCCAAUGA